AUGUCUACGUUUGAUGAGCAUGUUGAUCUGAACGGAGUGGGUGUUUCCUAUUCCUUUCUCAAAGGCAUCAACCUUGUUCGUCCGCCACCUACGAUUGUAAUCACAUCGAAGGAUCUUAACGUUAUGGGCAACAUGGAGCGCCAGUAUUGGGAAAUUAAGAUGAAGCAUUUCAAUAUUAUUAUAUUCUUUAAAAAGGGUAAAUUUUAUGAAUUGUAUGAUAAUGAUGCGGUUGUGGCGUCUCGUGAGUUUGGCCUCAAGCUUGUUGUCGAUACCAGCAGCCGUGGUAAAAUGCGCCUGGCCGGUGUUCCGGAGCAGAGUUUUAGUGAAUGGGCUCGUCUUUUUGUGUGUCGCGGAUACAAGGUCGGGCGUGUGGAGCAGCUACAUGAGGACAAUGUCGGGGUUUCGGGUGUGUCAUGCAAGGCGAAGGUUAUACGUCGUGAGCUGGUGGAGAUACUCACGCCAGGGACAGUCACAGAUUUUGCCAUGCUAUCUGGGCAUAAGGCUAUUUUUGUUUUAGCAGUGUCUCCUGCACUCUAUCACUUGGGUGUCAUUGAUUGUUUUGCUGUGGAUAUAUCGAGACGUGUUGUGCAUUGGUGCCCUUGCGGAAACGCCGAUGGAAUUCAAGCGCUGCGUGAUGGUGGAGGGUUAAGUGGCUCUUACCAAUGGGGGAAAGUUUCUGAUAAGGUGUCUCAAAUGGAGCGUGAGCAUCAGGAGCGUUUGUGGACAGAGGAAGCUCUUCAGACUUUAUUAGCCCUUCUUCAACAACUUGACCCCCAGGAGGUGAUUAUUCCUGGGGAGGCCUCUGACAUUGGGGAAUACUCUGCAGUAAGUCAUCUAAAUUCGCUUUCAGACUUUUUGUUGACGUGGAUAGAGAGCGAGGACUACCCUGUGGAGCGCAUCUCUGUGUCUGCGUCCCUGCCACCUGAGAGGGCGUGCCUUGGAGUUAACUCGCCUGCGCGAAUGCUUAUGGAAGCUUACUUUCGGUUACUUAGGAAAGAACAAGAACAAUCAUUCCUAGAUGAGGCACAACUGUACACGGCCCAUCUCUCAACUCUUAGGAAUAUCGAAGUUGGGACUGAUGUCACAGACGGAGAGCGCUGUGGCAGGGUUUCGUCUGAUACUUUUGGGCGGGAGUCUAACUUGCUGUCCUGGGAGCGUAGAUAUGAUCACGGCCUUGUACUAGACGCGUGUACAGUUCGAAAUCUCGAGAUCGUGGCAAACCUGCAGGAUGGCAGUGAAACACACUCUCUGUACCAAACACUUAACUACUGUCUCACCAGCGGUGGGAAACGACUUUUUCGGACAUGGGUGCUUCGACCGGCUUCGGAUGCUACAGUUAUCCGGAAACGACAGGAAGUGGUUCGCUUUUUAGUAGAGGAUGGACUGUACAAGGAGGUUUGGUUAAAUCACUUUACGGUGUCUGUGACUACUCCUCCAAUUUCUCAAUUGAGUCCUUUUACUUCGGAAAAAAUGUCUUCAUGGGUUUCCCAGCGCGAUUUAGUUUCUCCAAACACUUCACCAGGUGGUUCAGAAUUGUCUUUGCCAGCGUACAAGCGGGCGCGCUCAGACCUCGCGAGCAGCUACUCGCAUUUCGUCAAUGUCGAUUUUGAGCGUAAUCUUUCGCGCCUUGCAGAAAUGAAGAUUGAUCAAGAGCUUAGCGUUUCAUACGUCGACCCUCUAGUGCAUUAUCGCAAAAAUCUUACUAUUAUUGCAACUACUGUGAGAGCUUUUAGGGAGCUGAUGGACUGGUGCCACUAUUUCGACUCAGUUUGUCGAAAGCAGCGUCCCACUGAGAAGAUUCCGAGUUUGCUUAGUGAGCUGCUCCAAAAGAUUCAGGCAGCUACGUUGACUGUGUCUGCGAUUGAAGGACUCUUCGAUCAACAGUCAGUGAAGGAAGCCGGCAUGUUGAUUCCGUCCAGAGGCACCUCAGCCGAGUACGACAUGGCUGUCGAUAGACUUACAUCAAUAGAAGCCAAGCUUCACGAUGUACGGUUAAAAGCACAGCAAGAGCUCUUCUCAAACGCCAUGGUUACUUUCACUAGCUUGGGAAAGGACCAGUUUCUGCUGGAGGUGGCUUCUGCAGAUACCCCAAAGUUGACACCACGCGGCUUGGUGGAGCGUGCACGUGGCGCCAAAAGUGUUAAGUAUUCCAUGGAAGCGUUGGAACCAUUAGUGGAGAUGCACAGAGAAGCGACAGUAUCGAAAUCCGCAGCACUGUAUGCUGUUCUGCGGCGCGUGGCUGCACAAGUUUGCGAGCAUUUUCCUACUCUUUACAAUGCCUCCAGCGCGCUCUCGUACUUUGACUGCCUCAUGAGUCUUGCUAAUCUAUGGAACUGUUAUCCGAGGAUGUGCUUCCCGCAGCUCGUUACUCCCGAUUGCCGCAAUGGGAUAGACAGCCGGCCGAACGUUUCUGGGGACUUUUCUAGAGCGGGGGACCUAGGGCAGCCCACGGUCGGUAGCGCUUUCCUGCGGGCUAGUGAUUUGGUGCACCCGACGUUGGUACCUGAAAACGCUGUGCCCAAUUCUGUCGCACUGGAUGAGGAGGCUGGGCGACUCCUUGUCCUCACAGGCCCUAACAUGGCCGGCAAGAGCACACUAAUGCGCACAAUAGCCGUGAAUGUAAUCUUGGCACAAAUGGGCGGUCUUAUACUGGGCAGUGCCAUGUCGUUCUCACCAAUACACCGAAUCUUUACUCGUAUUGGGGCACGUGACGCGUCGCACAAGGGCCAGAGUACACUUUAUGUCGAGCUUAGUGAAACAUCUGAAAUAUUGCGCCGCGCCAACGGGCAAAGCCUCUGUCUUAUUGAUGAGCUGGGGAGAGGAACCUCUACCCACGAUGGGCUUGCCAUUGCUCACGCCUCGUUACAGGUGCUCAAGGAAGACAUUGACCCACCGCCACUUACGAUCUUUUCCACCCAUUACCAUGCGUUGGCGUUUGAGCAGGAGCGCUGCGGCUGCACGGUGAGUUUACCGUCUCGCAACCAAGGUCUCAGCACUUUUUCUUGCAGUGUUGGAAGUCCUGACAAGAUUAAAAAUGUUCAACUGGGAUACAUGGACUUUGCAUUUAGUAAUAUUAGUAGCAACAUCUUGAAACAAACUUCCUCACUAGAAUCAUCGUGUGAGAGUAACAAACACCACGACGGGAGUGCGGACAGUUGUCAUACCUUGUUAGCUCCUACGUUUCUCUAUCGCCUAGUGUCGGGUAUAUGUUCGAGGAGCUACGGUGUUGAGGUGGCUGUGAUGGCGGGAGUAGCGCCCCACAUAGUGCAUUUGGCCAAAUGUAAGUCUGAGGAGCUUGCACGUUUUACUGCUCUCCAUGAGGACAUAGAUAGAAUACGGAGUUUUUUAAACCAACAAGAUAUACCAGGACCCAAGUGCGCCGGACAUGAUUCUCAUAACAGCGACUCUAAGCAACUUCGUGAUUAA